AUGGCUGUCCCCAUGAAAUUGCUCGCCGCCGCCUACUUGGCGGGUGUUACCGCCGCCCAGUACUUCCCAUCAACACCCGAGGGACUGAAGGUCGUGAAGUCAAAGCACGAUGAAGGUGUUAAAAUAUCAUACAAGGAGCCGGGAAUCUGUGAAACCACCGCUGGGGUCAAAUCCUACUCCGGCUACAUACACCUACCACCGGGGACCUUGGGCGAUGUAGACGUGGACCAGCAGUAUCCCAUCAAUACAUUUUUCUGGUUUUUCGAGUCUCGUCAUGACGCGAGAAACGCGCCGCUGUCUAUUUGGAUGAACGGUGGGCCCGGCAGCUCGUCCCUGAUCGGUCUCCUGCAGGAGAACGGCCCUUGCCGCGUCAACGCGGAUUCCAAUUCGACCGAACUCAAUCCCUGGUCUUGGAACAACUAUGUCAAUAUGCUGUACAUCGACCAACCCAAUCAGGUGGGUUUCAGCUACGAUGUACCCACGAACGGCACUUUCGACCAGAUCGCGUCCGCUUGGAAUGUAUCCGAGUGGACGCAUGGCGUUCCGGAGCAGAACAAUACUUUUUAUGUCGGCACGACGACCAGUCAGAAGAAUACCUCCACUGCUAACAGCACCGAAAAUGCCGCCCGGUCACUUUGGCACUUGGCGCAGACCUGGUUCUCCGAGUUUCCGGAGUACAAACCACGCGAUGAUCGCGUUAGCAUCUGGACCGAGUCAUACGGCGGUCGCUAUGGACCGUCAUUUACUGCGUUCUUUCAAGAGCAGAAUGAGAAGAUCAAAAAUGGCACGAUCACUGCCCCUGGAGAAUCGCAUUAUAUUCACUUGGACACAUUGGGCAUUAUCAAUGGUUGUGUCGAUCUUCUUGUGCAGGCGCCGACGUAUCCGGUGAUGGCGUAUAAUAAUACUUACGGGAUUGAAACAAUCAACAAGACUGUGUACGAGGAAGCCUUGAAUGCAUGGAGCAAACCCGGUGGGUGUAAGGACCUGAUCACAGACUGCCGGGCCCUUGCAGCGGAAGGCGACCCACAGAUGUAUGGCAACAACGAAACCGUGAACAAGGCUUGUCAGAAAGCGAACAGCUUCUGUAGCAAUGCCGUCGAGGGUCCUUAUACUAAUUUUGCCGGUCGAGGCUACUACGAUAUCACCCAUAAAAGUCCCGAUCCAUUUCCGCCACAAUGGUAUUUUGGAUUCCUCAGCCAGCAUUGGGUGCAAAAGGCCCUGGGUGCUCCCAUCAAUUACACCGAGUCUAUCGACAGUGUCUAUAGUGCAUUUACGUCAACCGGUGAUUAUGCCCGCGGCGAUGUGCACGGCUACCUUCGUGAUCUAGGCUAUGUCCUAGACUCCGGUGUCAAGGUUUCACUCGUCUACGGCGACCGGGAUUAUGCCUGUGAUUGGAUCGGCGGCGAGGAUGUCAGUUUGGGCAUCAACUAUUCCAAGGCAGAGUCUUUCCGCGCGGCUGGAUAUUCGCCUCUCCAGACCAACUCGUCAUACAUUGGAGGACAGGUCCGCCAGCAUGGCAACUUCUCUUUUGCCCGUGUUUAUCAGGCUGGUCACGAGGUGCCUGCUUACCAGCCUCAGACUGCGUACGAAAUCUUCCACCGCGCCCUAUUUGAUCGGGAUCUGGCUACUGGCAAGAUUGAUACUGCUCGCAAUGCUUCCUACUCCACCGAGGGGCCUUCGUCCACUUGGCACAUCAAGAACGAGGUGCCUGAAAGCCCCGAUCCGGUGUGCUAUAUUUUGUCUCUCGAUGCGACUUGCACCGAUGAUCAGAUUGCCAGUGUGGUCAACAAUACAGCUGUCAUCAAAGACUAUAUUGUUGUGGGCUGA